CUCUCUCAAACCACUACCAUCUCCAAUCCAUUUGUUUCCGCCGGUUACUCUGGUCCCUUCUGAGCAUUGCAAUUAGCACAGACAGCAAGAACAACACUUACAGCACUUACUGCAAUCGCUCGCAAUAUGUCUGCAAGGAAAUCCACUACGAAAUCGGCUGCUAAGAAGAGCAGGGCCUCUCCCACCCACCCAUCUUGGGUAGAUAUGAUCAAGGAGUGCAUUACCGCCAAUCCCGAUGACGCUCGCUGGUGGCGUCUCCCGUCCCCAGAUCAAGAAGAAAAAUACAACCUCACCAUGGACAACGCUCAACUGAAUCAUUUGAGCAAGGCCAUCGCCACUGGCGCCGACAAGGGGACUUUUGUCCUCCCCAAGGGACCUUCUGGUCGGGUGAAAUUGCCUCCAAAGACCUCAAGGGCCACUGACACUUCAGCAUCCAAGGAGAACAAGCCCGCGAAGGCUGCACCCAAGGCGGCUACUAAGCCAGCCGCUAAGGCACGUCCCGCCAAGACUGCCACUACGAAGGCUACCACCGCAAAGUCUAGUACGGCCAAGAAGCCAGCUGUGAAAGCGAAGGCCGCACCAACUGUCAAGGCCGCCGCCGCCAAGAAACCUGCCACUCAAACUGCCACCAAGUCUUCAGCGACGAAAUCAGCAACUUCCACCAAGGCAAAGGCAGUUCCUGCAAAAAAGACGAUGGCAGGCAAGAAACCUACCCCUGUCAAGAAGGUUACCUCAGCAUCUAAGCGUGGCACCGUGAAGAAGGCUGUGACUGGAACGAGCGCGCCUGCGAAAGCAAAGACUGCAGCCACCAAGAAGACAAAUGUAAAGAAACCCGCAGUCAAAGCAACGGCCUCGACAACGAACAAGAAGAAGGUAUGGACCUAACCCAAAUGUGCUGUGAUUGUCGUGGCUUGACUACUUGUCUAUCCAGACCGCCAAGAAAUAGGUGACUCCCCAUCCGCCAUCGAUGAUAUACUUGUUCUCCUGAUCUCACGGUACACUAAGGUGUAGAACCUAGUCUAUGGCUACGCUACCUACUCCAUGCACUUUUCCUCGCGCCUCUGAUUGCACAUUUCUUAUUUCUCGUAUUUGAUUUGUAUUGUAAUUUAUUGGGUCCUACUACUGCCCGCCUCUCGAUUACCAAAUCAUCAAUUUUCGUGUGGGCCUGUUGUCGAUUUAAA